GUUUCCGAAAGUAAACAAACCACUACGCUUACAACCUCUAGGCUCAAGUUCAAAGUCGAUAGCAGCACACGCGACAGAGAAUCUAUCACGAUGGCGCCGACCGCACCAGAAAAGGACAAGGACAAAUCUAAGGUUCAUAAAUUGGCUCUCAAAGGAAGCGCCAAACUUGUGGCGGAAUUCUUCCAAUAUUCGAUCCAUACCAUCCUAUUUCAAAGAGGUGUCUACCCCGCCGAAGAUUUCACAGCCGUCAAAAAAUAUGGCCUGAACAUGCUGGUUUCUGCCGAUGACCAAGUCAAGGCGUACAUCAAGAAGAUCAUGUCCCAGCUCGACAAAUGGAUGCAGCGCGGCAAGAUCAGCAAGCUGGUCAUCGUCAUCACCGACAAAGACACGGGCGAGCACGUCGAGCGAUGGCAGUUCGACGUCCACAUAUUCAAUACCGGCAAAUCUAAAAAGUCCAAGACGUCUCCCGACCAAGAGAACGCCGCGCCUCCGUCCGCCUCCAACACGGCCCUCCCCGAUUCUUCCAAGACCGAGGCCGAGAUUCAAGCCGAGAUCGCCGCCCUCUUCCGCCAGAUCACCGCCUCCGUUACCUUUCUACCCCAGCUGGCCGGCGACUGCACUUUCAACGUCCUGGUGUAUGCCGACGCAGAUAGCGACGUGCCUGUCGAAUGGGGCGACAGCGACGCCAAGGAGAUCGUCAACGGCGAGAGGGUGCAGCUGCGGGGGUUCAGCACCACUAGCCACCGAGUUGAGACGUUAGUUAGCUAUCGGUUAGGAGAAUGAGCAUCUGUCGUAUACGUGUUUGUACCUUGUACCUAUUAUACGGCUAAGCUGGAGAUGGAUUUAUUGUACUAUUAGGAUUUGACGGCUAAGGGACGAAUCCGACGUGGCGUUUUAGAAUUUAUCCGGUUGGGAGUGCUGGUGCUAUUAUAUCGAAUCUAUAACCUUACUAUGAACGUACCAGUUCUA